AUGGGGUCGGGAGCCGGAGCUAAAGAUAGACUCCAGGGAGCUUUCUUCAUCACCCUCUUUAAAGAUUACCUGUCAGGUGUGGUGGCAACACAAGACGGCAUACUUGGAGCUAAGAUCCACUGCAACGGUUUCGAAACAUUCAAAAAGAAACGUUUUGUUAAGGAUUACUGUUGGACACAAGGUCUGUUCACUAACAGGUUUGCUUAUCACAAACCUCCAGAUCAGCUACCAGGACCGGGGGUCGUCCCUUGUAUCAGGACGGAGGAUGGGUAUAGCUGCUCGGAGGAGGAGAAGAAGAAUCAGCAGGUGUACCAUCUGUGGUACCAGUGGGUUCCCAUGUACUUCGCUCUGUCUGCUGCUGCAUUCUAUGUACCCCACAUUCUCGUCGGGAAACUGUCAACGUUUGUGGACGAGUUACAGAGCCCAGAGGAACUACUGGGUGAUAACGGAUCUGCUAUAAAACUGGGCAGCAUGAUGGCUAGAUGGGCUAAACUUAACUUAUACGGCAGGCAUGGGAAUAGUCUCUUUUCUCAGUAUAGAGUACCGAUGAUGGAGCUUAUCUCAAAAACAGCUUUUCUUGCUAUGUCUAUCUUUCACUUCUGGAUAACAGCUAAAAUGUUUCCGAUCGGAAACUACUACAAACUUGGGAUGCUGUGGCAUAUACCCAGUACUGAUAACUACACACACAUUGGGGACGUUCUCUUUCCCAAACUGGCGGGAUGCAGCAUUAAGAAAUACUCACUGACUGGUCUGAACGAGGAGUCAGGAAUGUGUACUUUAGCUCCUAAUGUAGUGUUCCAAUACCUGUUCCUUAUUACCUGGUGGUGUGUUGUUAUCGUAGCUGCGUUGAACGCAGUGAACCUCAUCAAAAGUGUGAUAGUAAUAACAGCCAAUGAGUGUGGGUAUAAGAUGUAUCGGUACAACCUUGAAGUAACCUAUGAUAGAACACACGGUGAUCAUGAUAUCAAUGAUGCGUUCCGUGGUCCAACAAAGGACGACACAAAACUAGUGUUUGCUUACUACGAUCUCAGCAGUCAGAUAGUGUUCCACAAGAUUUCAGACAAUGUUCAUCCGGCAAUCAUGGCAUUUGGUAUCAAGUUCAUAGCAGCACAAAUCAAGGAAUUGAUGAACAAAGAUGAAAAUUUAGCAAACUUUAUUAGAAAUGAGCUGAUAAAAAAUCGAAAUUCUCCGGUGUCAACACCGAUGGAAGAACAACCAGGGCCCUCAGUGGGGAUGCCACCCAAGGGAAAGAGAAAGGGUUAUAAAAGAGUAAAAGAUAAUGAUACCGAAGUUUAG